UCGGCUAUUAAAUGUAUUCAGGCUGCUGCAACGACCAUCCCCCACCACUACACACUAGAGAUUCCCAAUGAGCUCGCCACACACUGAUAUCCAUCCCCAAACGGAGGACGAGAAGACGCAGGACGUCUCCGACGACCUCAAGAAAGACUUGUUCAAGAAGGCCAUGGAGGGCAGGUGGCAAGACGUGGCGCGCUCCUACUCCGAGAACGAGAAGGUCCGCGAAACCCGGAUAACCUGGGCUGGGGAUACCUUGCUGCACUUGGCCGUAUCGAGCGGCAAAGAGAGCAACGUGAAGCUUCUCAUGGGCUGCCUGGAAAAGAGCGUGCUCGACAAACGUAGACAGGAGAUUCUGGCGAUCCGGAACGAUUGGGGUGAUACGGCGCUCCACUUCGCCGCCGCUCUUGGGAUGGUGAAUGUGUGUUUGGCCAUGGCCAGGUUGCACCCCGAAAUGGUGGUCGAGAUUCACAACGGGUGGCAAGAGACGCCCCUCUUCAAGGCUGUGCGCCACGGCCAGAAGAAAGCCUUCUUCGCCCUGCAGUCCGUCCUGGACGAGAAAUUAUAUAUUAAUGCAGCCCCUGGUGUCAGGAAUCAAGGCGUCAGGAGGGUACGUGGCGACACCAUCCUCCACGAGGCCAUUUUCGCGGAGCGUUUUGAUCUGGCCUUCGAGAUCAUAGACCGCUAUCCAGAUUUGGUUUACUACAUGAACGAGAAGGGGGAGUCGCCUCUUCAUGUCCUGGCCAAGAAGCCGUCAGCUUUCAAAAGUGGAACCCGUUUUAGCCUACUUGAGAGUGUAAUCUACGAUGGUAUCUCUGUGGAUCCACUCAAACUCGAAUAUCCAAGUUACCAGGAGAAAUUCCGCAAAAAUGAAGGCAUUGAUUUUGAAAAGGAUUUGCAUGAUGGAAAUCACAAAUUACCAGAUAAUUACCAAGCAUGCUAUAGCAUCUUUACUUUGCUAAAGCACGCCUUCAAGAAUAUUGCUCCUUGGACCAAUGGUGAAGAUGAUAAGUCCAAGCACAUUACAGACGUUGAAAACAAAAUCUCAGCACCUUGGACCGAUGAUGAUGAUGAUAGGCCUAAGCAUACUAUAGAUGCUGAAACCUCAGAUGCAGUUCAUAGCAUCCGCACAACGGAUAAAAGAGACCCAGAGAACGGUGUAAAAGAACGACAAAAUGGCUCGCAAAAUCAUCCAAGAUCUCCAAAAUGUUACUCCACAUGCUUCAAUUUCUUCAAGGAUGUAGUAAAGUUUGUGCUAAUUACCACGGGAACCGGGCUAUGGAAGGUCCAGAAAAUAAAAAAGAAGCAGCAAACGAAUACACAUGCAAUCCAGAUCAUGGAAGAACUUCUUCGCCCACACAGGUUAUGGAAUUAUGCUAAAGACGGAACGACGCGCGGCACGGCACAAGGAGAUCAGAAGCCUCCAACCACGAGUCCACCAGAUGUUAACGAUGGAUCAAAGCAACCCAAUUCUCAACAAAUUCAAGAUGAAAUUCUCAAAAAACUUGAAAAAUGUUGCUGCAAACAAGUUGAAGAUGACUCAAAACAAAAACCAGUUCGAGUGACACCAUUCCUAGUUGCAGCAAAGAGCGGCCUCACGGAGAUGGUGGAGAAAAUUCUGAAUGACAUGCCGGUGGCAGUUCUUGACAUGGAUGAAGAUGAUAAGAACAUAGUACUAAUAGCAGCGGAGAACCGACAAUCCCGAGUAUAUGAACUUAUGUCGAAGAGAGAAUUUAUAAAGGAUAUUGUGUUUCGCGCUGUGGACAACGACGGCAAUAGCGCGCUACAUUUGGCUGCCAAGCUCGUCUCUAAUAGGCCUUGGCCCAUCCGUGGAGCAGCACUUCAAAUGCAAUGGGAGAUCAAGUGGUACAAGUAUGUGUUGAAAUCCAUGAGAUCCAAGUUCUUCAUGCAUCACAAUAUGAAAGGCGAGACCGCUCAAGAUAUCCUCACCAACACUCACGAGACUCUGGUGCAGGACGCCGAGAAGUGGCUCAACAAUACCUCGCAGUCGUGCUCCGUGGUUGCCGUAUUCAUCGCAACGGUGGCCUUCGCCUCUGCAACCACUGUGCCCGGGGGUGUCGACCAAAAUUCAGGCUUCCCCAUCUUCGAGGGCAAGUGUGCCUUCCAAGUGUUUGCCCUUUCUUCUCUCAUAGCCCUCUUCUUCUCGGUUACCUGCCUGACUAUGUUCCUCUCUAUCCUCACCUCCCACAAUGAGGAGCGAGACUUCGAGAGGAAACUUCCUGUAAAGCUGAUCCUCGGCCUCACCACCCUCUUCCUGUCCGUCGUUGCAAACCUCGUCUCCUUCUGUGCCGGCCAUUUUCUUGUCAUCGAGCAGAAGCUAAAGUAUGCGGCUUAUCCAAUAUAUGCAGCUGUACUUGGCCUGCCCGUAUCAUUUUUUGCUCUGGCGCAGUUCCCACUCUACAUCGACCUCUUAAAGGCCAACUUCGCUGUGGUGCCACAGCACGCCCAGACGUUGCAUCCUUCUUGAAUUAUCCGGCGGGAGGGCAUUUCUCGUGUUUGCUUCACAGAGUGUAGAUUUCUUAGCUUAUGUUGUGACCUCUGCUAGAUCCUUCGCAUCUUGUUUGCUUCCAUGCCAUAAGUGUGGGUUCUUCCACCCUCUUUGACGUUGUUUGUGGACAUCAUUCUGUGUGUUCGGAUAUUUUAGAUUUCCAGCAUAUGAUGUAGAAGUUUUCUUCUUGAUUUGAUCGUGCUUAUGGUCUGCUU